AUGGAGACCGACAUCAGGUCCAUCCUCCCCAACAUCGACCCGGUGGUCUCCGAGUACUCGGUCGGCUACCUGACCCAUGCCUCCACCGCAUGGACCGGCGAGGAGGAGGCACAGGCCCUCUCGCCUCUGACCGAGGCCGCCGAGACCGUGACCGAGAUCCUGCUCUCCGCCUCGGGCGACCCGGACGCCGCCCUGCAGGACAAGGUCCGGCUGCUCGUCGAGAAAUGGGUCGACAAGUACGCCCAGGCCAACGGCGCCAGCGAGGAGCGCCGCGCCCCGGCCAUCCGCCGCCUCGACCAGACCAUCCAGGUCAGCGCCCAGCGCAACAUGUCGUCCACCCUCGCCGUCGCCACCGGCGGCGUCGACCUCGAGUCCGCCAACGCCCGCAAGGUCGAGUCCAAGGUCGACCGCAAGAAGCUCGAGAAGGCCGAGCGCAAGAUCGCCGCCAAGCAGAGCAAGAAGCAGUUCAAGACGGUCGAGUACGAGGCCUCGCGCCUGCUCAACCAGCCAGAGUCCACCCAGUCCUACGAGGAGUUCUACAUGGCCGUCAACCCGCUGCAGCUCGGCAGCAGCUCCGGCCAGGGCAAGACCAAGGACAUCAAGCUCGACAAUAUCGACGUCUCCAUCGGCGGCCAGCGCAUCCUCACCGACACCACCUUCACCCUCGCCUACGGCCACCGCUACGGCCUGGUCGGUAACAACGGUGUGGGUAAAUCCACGCUGCUGCGUGCUCUGUCUCGUCGUGACCUCGCUAUUCCUACGCACAUCUCCAUUCUCCACGUCGAGCAAGAGGCAACGCUGCAGGCCGUUCUUGAUGCCGACGUCUGGCGCAAAUAUCUCAUCAAAGAGCAAGCCGAAAUCACAGAGAAGCUCGCCGCCAUCGAGGCUCAGCGCAGCUCCAUGGCCGACACCUCGGCCGACGCGGCGCGGCUCGACCGCGACCGCGAGGCCCAGGACAACCGCCUCGGCGACAUCCAGGCCAAGCUGGCCGAGAUGGAGUCGGACAAGGCCGAGUCGCGCGCCGCCAGCAUCCUCGCCGGCCUGGGCUUCUCGGCCGAGCGCCAGCAGUACGCCACCAAGACCUUCUCCGGAGGUUGGCGCAUGCGCCUCGCCCUCGCGCGCGCCCUCUUCUGCGAGCCCGACCUGCUGCUGCUCGACGAGCCGUCCAACAUGUUGGACGUGCCGUCCAUCACCUUCCUGUCCAACUACCUGCAGGGCUACCCGUCGACCGUGCUCGUCGUCUCCCACGACAGGGCCUUCCUCAACGAGGUGGCGACCGACAUCAUCCACCAGCACUCGCAGCGCCUCGACUACUACCGCGGCGCCAACUUUGAGUCCUUCUACGCGACCAAGGAGGAGCGCAAGAAGACGGCCAAGCGCGAGUACGAGAACCAGAUGGCCCAGCGCGCCCACCUGCAGGCCUUCAUCGACAAGUUCCGCUACAACGCGGCCAAGUCGUCCGAGGCGCAGUCGCGCAUCAAGAAGCUCGAGCGCAUGCCCGUGCUCGAGCCGCCCGAGGCCGAGUACAGCGUCAAGUUCAAGUUCCCCGACGUCGAGAAGCUCUCGCCGCCCAUCGUGCAGAUGUCCGAGGUCACGUUCGGCUACGCCAAGGACAAGAUCCUGCUGCGCGACGUCGACCUCGACGUCCAGCUCGACUCGCGCAUCGGCAUCGUGGGGCCCAACGGCGCGGGCAAGACGACGGUGCUCAAGCUGCUCAUCGGCAAGCUCAGCCCGACGCAGGGCCUCAUCAGCCAGCACCCGCGCCUGCGCAUCGGCUUCUUCGCGCAGCACCACGUCGACGCGCUCGACCUGUCCCUGUCGGCCGUCUCCUUCAUGGCGCGCGAGUACCCGGGCCGCACCGACGAGGAGUACCGCCGCCAGCUCGGCGCCUUUGGCAUCACGGGCACGACGGGCCUGCAGAAGAUGGCCGUGCUGUCGGGGGGGCAGAAGUCGCGCGUCGCCUUCGCCUGCCUGGCCCUCACGAGCCCGCACAUCCUCGUGCUCGACGAGCCGUCCAACCACUUGGAUAUCGAGGCCAUGGACGCGCUCGCCGACGCGCUCAACGAGUUCCAGGGCGGCGUGCUCAUGGUCAGCCACGACGUCACCAUGCUGCAGACCGUCUGCACGAGCCUGUGGGUCUGCGACGGCGGCACCGUCGAGAAGUUCCCCGGCGACGUGCAGGCGUACAAGAGGAGGAUCGCCGCGCAGGCCGACGCCGCGGGCGUGGUCAAGGCCCAUUAG